AUAGUCCUCUCUAAAAGUAAUGUCAAUAUACCCAACCCUGUUAUAAGCCAAUGUAUCGCCCAUGCCAGCUCUACUGGUACUAGUUCCAAAUUGUUAGAGGAUGAUAUCCCCACAUCUAAUAUAUCUGAUAACACAUCUAGCGACAAAGUGACUACCUCCGGCAAUUCUGAUAUAUACCAGGAUUCGUCAACCCUCACGUCUCUCAUUCCUGCAAAAACUAUAUCAUUGGAAGAGAAGGAAGAAAAUGAAUUUAUGAAUUUGCAGUAUAAGGAACAAGUUAAUAAAGAGAUAAUGGAGAGAAUUAGGGAAAUGAAACUUCGGGAUCAAGAGACGCCCUCGACUCCUGAGAAUAAUACACCUAAUAUUCCACGUGAGCAAGAUUUAAUACAAGAAAUAUCAACAUCUAUCAAGCAACAAACACAAAGUAUCCCUUCUCCUGAAAUAAAUCAUACGAUCAAAAUUUCAGCGAACAAUGUUCGUCCAAAUUGUGACAAUUCCGGAAUAACACAAGACUCAGAGACCCAAGAUAUUAUCUGUCUAUAUCAAAAUGCGUGCGAUGCAGAAAAAGACGCAAUCGAAGCUAAUCGAAAAGAAAUUUUGUGUUGGU